AGACAAUCGCUCAGUCGUACGAGAAAAGCUCCAGCGAAUGGAACAGAACGCCAAAUGCUGCACCCACAGCGGACGAAGACGGCCCAGAUCGUUGCUCCUUGGAGGUUUCCUGAAGAUCUGGUACAGGGAGCAGCAGACAGCCAAGUGCUAAGCUAGCAGCAGGAACAGUGAGUCGGGAACUCGAGGUCUCAAAGUGUGCUAAAAUAAAGGAUCCUUCAGUACAGAUGGAGGCACCCGUGUGUGGGAUAAAAACGAUGGCCUGUUUUCGGGUGGCAGCAGAUCGAUAGCAAAAGGAUAACAGAAAAUGUAUUCAAUAAGCUGUAGUAGCGUAGGACGAUUCGAAGGUAUAAAUGUACUAGCAAUGCGUAAAUUCUCUCGGUGAAAUGAACAACUUACCGAACAAAUCGGGGUGACCAACCGAGCAAGAAGCAACAUCAGUGCGUGGUAGAAAUUAAGUUACGGAGAAGAAAAAGUAGAAGUGAAGAAAAAAAGUGCUUUAAAUUAAUGCGUGGAGGUUACCGAGGAGAACGGAGGAGCGACCACGAGCGAAACGGCGACAAGGGUGUAACAAUUUCCAACAGCGCCCUCCUUCUUUCGGUCUUAUGGGAAAAUGAGACGAACCGAAAAGAGCACAUAAAUUAGCAACAACAACAUCCAGCUUUUACCUCAAUUUUCCAGCAACAAAAAUUCUAGCAACAACAAUAACACAAUCAAGAAAAAACAGAAGCGAGAAUUGAGACCAUUUUUUGCGAGAGCAUAAAGUAACGAACAAACCGUCGGAGCGGAGGGAACCAUCUGAGGAAGAAUAGGACCUCUACUCUCCGACUCCAGCAGGGGGAACCAAAAUCUAGAAAAUCGAAGAGGAAGCGCAGAAAUCGGGAGGAAGCCGAGAAGACACAGGAAGGAAUUCGGAAACGAAUCAACCAGCCAACGUCAGACCAUAGAACGAUGUUUACCAUGUCGAUGGAUAUUGAAGUGCCGCAUGUCAGAAGCCCCUCGUUAGGUGCCUUCAUACUGGCACUUAACUUGGUGCUGUUUAUGACGCAGUCUAUAAAUAGGACACCACCAUACGUGCUUGCGGGGACCGGUGGUGGCAGUAUGCUAGGAGAUGUAAAUAUUUCGGCUAUCCUAGACUCGUUUAGCGUUGGCUAUGACAAAAGAGUAAGACCAAACUACGGAGGUCCCCCAGUGGAAGUUGGUGUUACAAUGUAUGUGCUGAGUAUCAGUUCGGUGUCGGAAGUUCUAAUGGAUUUCACAUUGGAUUUUUACUUUCGACAAUUUUGGACUGAUCCACGUUUAGCUUACAGAAAAAGGCCGGGUGUAGAAACAUUGUCAGUUGGAUCUGAGUUCAUAAAGAAUAUUUGGGUACCCGACACGUUUUUUGUAAACGAGAAACAAUCAUACUUUCAUAUAGCGACUACUAGCAAUGAAUUUAUAAGAAUACAUCAUUCUGGAUCAAUAACUAGAAGUAUUCGAUUAACAAUCACAGCAUCAUGUCCAAUGAAUUUACAAUAUUUUCCAAUGGAUAGACAAUUAUGUCAUAUAGAAAUAGAAAGCUUCGGAUACACGAUGCGAGAUAUCCGAUAUAAAUGGAAUGAAGGCCCCAAUUCAGUCGGAGUCUCGAGUGAAGUAUCUUUGCCUCAGUUUAAGGUUUUGGGACACCGUCAGCGUGCUAUGGAAAUCAGUCUCACAACAGGAAAUUAUUCACGUUUAGCAUGUGAAAUACAGUUUGUACGUUCGAUGGGUUAUUAUCUCAUUCAGAUUUACAUACCAUCCGGAUUAAUUGUAAUCAUAUCGUGGGUAUCAUUUUGGCUAAAUAGAAAUGCUACACCAGCACGUGUUGCAUUAGGUGUAACCACUGUCUUGACAAUGACAACACUGAUGUCGUCAACGAAUGCUGCCUUACCGAAAAUAUCUUAUGUAAAAUCGAUUGACGUAUAUUUAGGCACAUGCUUCGUCAUGGUAUUUGCCAGUCUGCUGGAAUACGCCACCGUCGGCUAUAUGGCGAAGCGGAUACAGAUGCGCAAGCAGCGCUUCAUGGCAAUCCAGAAGAUUGCCGAGCAGAAGAAACAACAGCAGGCGGACGCCAACCAUCCGCCUCCACCGCCACCGGUCAGCGAUCACAGCCACGGCCAUGGCCACGGGCACAGCCAUGGCCACCAGCACACGCCGAAGCAGCAGAUGGGCAGCCGUAGCGGUACUAUGUCCAAUGUGCCCCCCCAUAAUAUCGCGGGAUCACGAGGUUGUUCUAUUGUAGGUCCACUGUUCCAAGAGGUCCGCUUUAAGGUGCACGACCCGAAGGCGCACUCGAAAGGUGGCACGCUGGAGAACACGAUCAAUGGCGGGCGCGGCGGGGGUGGACCGCCGAGCGGUGGUGGAGGCCCACCGGGAGGUGGUGGUGGCGGGCCGGACGAGGAGUCUGGCGCACCGCAGCAUCUGAUACACCCGGGCAAGGAUAUCAACAAACUGCUAGGCAUUACACCGUCGGAUAUCGACAAGUACUCCCGAAUCGUUUUCCCGGUCUGUUUCGUUUGCUUCAACCUGAUGUACUGGAUCAUCUAUCUGCACGUGAGUGACGUUGUGGCGGACGAUCUGGUGCUGCUUGGCGAGGAGAAGUAAGGCAGCGACCCGACCAAACAGCGGCGGGAAAAAUAUAAGCAUAAACACAAAAACAGAAAAAAAAGAUAGAGUAAAUAGUAGAGCGUACAUUAGAGUCAGUUAAGCUAGGAACGAGCAGGAAGCGGAGUGUACCGAUACAAUCCGAGCACUAUGAGCGUUGCCAGGACAUGGAAGGUAAGAGAAUGAGGUGGAAAUAUAACAACAAGAGUAAAAGACGUUUUUAGGAUUUAUUUUUACCUAUUUACAGUUUCGGUUAUUUUUUAUACGUAUACAAGAGACAAAAUGGAAGAUAAACUAGAUUUUAUCGUUAUUGAAGAUUAAUACAAUGUAGAGACGAAGUAACGAAAAAUAUUCCUAACUGAAUGCAAAAAAAAAAGGACACACGUGUGAAGGUGCAAACAACUUCAAGUACAGUGGGAAAUAUAUGAUUAGUUUUAAAGCGAUUAACUAACAAACGGAUGCUAGGUAAAAUAUAAAGCAGAGCGAUAUUCUCGAAGCAACCGACAGAACAACAUUUUGUGAAACGACUAAGUCUAGGAACGAGCUAAAUCCUCAAACACGCUGAACUUGAAUGAUAACAAUUAUUACACACACGAAUACACACGAAAAAAAUACUAAAAGCAUACAACCUAUUAUAUAGUGAAAUGGCGUAGGAAAUAAAAUGUUAAUAAACAUCGAUCAUCCACGAUGAAACCUUCUAUUAGCAGAACGAGAGCUGUUAGCUUCAAAAGACGAAAAGGAUGCGUAUGUUUGGUUCUUUUCCAGCUUCACCCGUUUGCCAGAUAGAAGAGAGCUGGACAAGAUUUCACAAUUCGACAAGGAUUCACCUAUCUUCAAGGUUAUGUGCUAGUUUUCACCCGCAGUGGAUGAGUAUUUGUAAGCGAAUACAACCGGAGGUUCUGUGCGUUCCUCAGAAUCGAACCCACACACCUACGGGCAGAAUUUUAAUCAGGAAAAGUAGGGCAAAGCUCACUCACGCUGAAACAACUUCCUCAACCCAAUGGGUUGAGAUAUCAGAGUGAUUCACUGUGUUGAAAUGAUGGGACUAGGAUUGGGCGAUCUUUAUAAAAAGAUCGAUCUUAUUGAAUCGAUUUUCCAAACAGCGUAGGGAUCGAUCCACUGAUUAAAUCAGUACCAAAGAAUCGAUCUUUGCUGAAUCGAUUUUUGAAAAAUUAGAAGCUUGUUUCGAUUUAUAUGCUUAUCCUAUAUGAAUACUGUCGUUUCUUUAAACAGGGAAUACAAAUUUCAUAUUUCUAUUCAAAUAUCAAAAGCAUUUCCUCUUGUUCCACAGCAUGAAGGCCACAGCUACAGGGAAUUCAUCUUGCGCCGUCAGGUAGUUGUUUUAUUUGAUGAAUUAAUCGAAAAAGUAUCAUUAGAAAUUGAACAACAGCCCAGAACUUAGCUAACAAUGAUCCCAUAAAAGCCAAUCGUGCCAUACGAUUCUCGAUUUUGGCGCCAGAUCUAAAAAACAACCUUUCGCCAGUAAUUAAUGUCAACAUCAGGUUCAUUGAUCCUACGCGCAGCCUGUUACAGUUCAUCCCCUAUGUAGCUUCCAUUAGUUCUGUCACUGUCAGCAUUUGUACUGAAGUAAAUCGUAGAAGAAGCGAUCCAAAUGCUGACAUUAUGUUUAAAAGAAAUGUUAGCUGGCCUUUGGUGAGAUAAAAAAUCGAUGAACACUGAAAAACAAAUCUACAAAAAGAUCGAAAAGAUCGAAAGCAGAAAAUCGAUUUUCUCGAUUUUCUCGAGUACAAAAGAUCGAUCCAAAAAAUCGGAAAUCGGAAUGGAAAAGAUCGAUUGUUUGAGAAUCGAUCCGGGAUCGCCCAAUCCUAGAUGGGACAGGUCGAUCAAAGCAGGUAUCAGGGGAGAUAUAAUCCUGUCCGGAACAUGGAUUGCUACCGAAAAGCACCCAGAGGACCCACAACCGGAGAGUUGCCAUCGAAGACGCCCUCCAUUAAAUCUUCUCGUAAAAUUUUCCCAGAAUCGAACCGGACCUAGAGAAGAUUAAUGCCGUGCGGUAGGAUUUCUAACGCUGGGCGCAGAGGAGAACCCGAACAGACACCAAGCGAGCAAUGAGGUGGAAAAAGUUAUUAUAAAAUCAAUUAUUAAUUGUUGUAUUAAAAAUUAAUUCUCUGGAUGCUUCCAAUAUAUUUGCCAAAAGCACGAAAUAAAUAGAAACGAAAUGCAACUCGGAUGAAGGUGUAUAUUGCAGCGGGGGCAAUUAUCGAUUUUUACGUUACUCGACGCUCUGAUUUCAUAUGUAAUUCAAAUUGCCACACCUCGAAUCGAGCGAAUGAAAUGAAGGGCCGAUGUUCACGUGUAGAGAUCGGCCCGGAAAGCGGACGGACCGGAUGCACUGCGAAGAUGGUGGGCCAAGAGAAGAUUUACCCCCAUACCACACAUAAACUGUAGCAAACACAUUAUCCCUAUUAAUGUAAACAAAACAACGUUUUUACGCACGCACCCCAAAAGAGCCCAAUGAACCGCUGUUGAUUUUCACCCCUCGGACCCGGGAAAGUAGCAAACUUUCUUCAACGUGUAUAUAGUGAAAGUGAGUUUAUAUGUUUCGAAAAGGACAAACAAAGCAAAAAAUACAGCACAACAAAUACGCGCCCCUCGAUACGUAUGAUAUUUUUACUAAAGAUAAACCAAUAGCAAACCACAUUUAUGUACGUUCGAUUCGAGUUAGUAGAUGCAAUUGAAUAAUUGUCGAAGAAAAAAACAAACAAACAAAAAAAAACAGUAUCAUAAUUAAUCUAGACAAAUGCAAGGCACCAUUCACCGGCGCAUACGAUUGACCGCAUUCACAGACAGAAACACUUAUUUAUUUAUUUUUUUAUUAAAAUCGAACGUGUUCCUUUUAGUUUGAUGGGUGAACCUCGGAAAUAUGGAAAUGAAAAAAUGUAUCAGCAAGUAAUUUAACACUGUCUGUGCAACCUUUCAGGGAGGCAAACUUUAAUUCACAAUAUCUCUUGUUAUUUCACUAUGUUUCUAUCCUCACGUUCUGUUUUGUUGGGUCCAGGAGCUUUGUCCUUGAUGUCAUUCAGUGAAUGUUGUAGGGUCCAUCUUCCCCUCUUCAUUUGCUUAGUUGCUGGGUUUUCUAGGACUAUGUGAGCACAACUUGUUGAGGUUUCCCAUGACCCUCCAUCAACCAUCGUCUAAUCGGUCUUUUUCAAGGGAAAACCAUAUGAACUUUAUAGUUAUAUGUCAAUAUAAUAGGAAAAAGAUCAACCAAUUAACAGCUGAAAUAUGUUCCCGACUUACUUCAAGUUCUAGGUAAUGUUUCUCCAACAAAUCGCAAUCAAUGGAGAAGUACCAACUAUUUUCCAUAUCACAUGGUGAUUUGAUUGUUUUGCCACCCUUUUUCAUUUUACGCUUGACAAUUGGCCAAUAUUUUUCGAUGGGAUGAAAAUCUGGACUAAUUAUUGAAGGAAACGUUUUUCAAUAAAAUCGGUAUUGUUCUGUUUAUGCGAUUUUACGACAGCACGGUCCUCGUGUGAUCGAAUGCAAAAUUAUCUUCUGAAGACAAAAAACAUCCAUUCAUAGUUGCUCCAGUGAUGAAAACCUUUGUUUUCUUUCCAUAACUACAGAUGGAUUUCUAAAUCAUGAGCAUGUGAACUAUUUUAUUUGCUAGGUAAUAUUUUUGUUGUAAUAUUUCUUUGCAUUUCGAAUUUCUCUGAUGAUCUUCGCUCGUAUUUUCCGGUUAUAUUUUCCACGUCAAUGUUUUCCGGUAACGUUUGAGCACAGUAUUUCAGUCAAUUUGUAAAUUUGAGAGACUUGACUAUCAUUUUUUCUUGGCCAAGUUGGUUUUUCUGCGUAGGCUUUUCUACAUCUCUCGCGUUCUAUCUUCAAACACUUUCAACAUGUGUACCAAUCCUGAUCGGAUUUUUACCACUAAGUGAACAAUCCUUCCAGAUCGAGACGCAGUUAUUAGUUUCUUAGCACGACAUCUGGAGAAAGGGUAGUAACUAAAAAGAAGCGGCCAAAUAAAUAUUAAUUGGAGCAUACUUCACCGAUGAAACAUAUUUUUCUAGCCUCUGUACAUUAUUUGCUUCCAAAAUGUUUCUUUAUGGUUAUGUCUUAUUCAGGGCAUCUGCAAAUUGGCUGAUUUGCAGAACAUAAUCUGGGAUUUAUAAACUUAUUACGGGACUUCUUAAACAGCAACAGAACUCAGAGAUCUGUGUGUACUAUUUUCUUCCUAGCAGGCAAUUCUACGUUUCUUACAUCAUUUGCGAUGACAAAAAUAGAAUACGAAUGCCACGCUCCCGAUUUGAUGAAUGUUUGAGGUAUCAUUACCCAAAGUCGGAUUUGAACCUCACGAAACCUUCGCUGAAUCAACUAUCAUGUAAUAAGUUUUGUCUAAUUUUGUCUAAUGUCUCACAAUUUUUUACUUUCCAUGCAAAUUCGACAUUCGACAAGGAAAUAAGCGUAACGGAUAUAAACGCAGAGCAAAUAGCGUAAUGUCACAAAACCCUACUAGAAAUAUUCUCACGUGGAAAAAACCUCAUGGGUAUAAAUGGCACACGGGAACAAAUCCUCAGUAACGUUACGGAAAAUUCUGGUCCUGAUUUGUUGGAUAUGUUUGGCAUUUUUAGCCUCCUGCUUCUUCCCAUACAGCGCCCUCCCCAUCAGAUCCCAAUGUCUUUCGAUUGAGUGUAACCCAGGACAAUUGGGAAUAUUGGGAACUCGUCUUUGCUAAAAAAUGACAUUCCAAAUUUGUCUUAACUUCUGGGCGAAAAAAUUACAGUCACAGGAUGCCAAAUCAGAUGAACACGGAUGAUGAUUUAGGACACAGACGUGGCUUCGAGCCACAAAUUGACGCACGAUUAAAAUAACCGCUGUUUAGGCCUAGUUUAGAUUUAUUCAUCAACCGAAACCUACCAACCAGGUUCCGAAAAAAAAACUCAUAUGUUUCUUAUCUGACAAUGUUGUACAUGUUGAAGGUUUCAAUGUAUAAUGUAUUAACACAUACAGUAUGCAAAAAAAAGAUCCAUCCCACUGAAAAAUUUGAUUUAUUCCAAAGAACCAAAUUAAAAAAAAAUUAAAACACGGUUAAUUGUUGUUCAAUUUAUCAUUAUUUAUGUAAAAAGAAAACAUUUCAUGCGAGUUCAAAAUAUAAAAAAAAAAUUCUAUUGCUUUUGAGACAUGAGUUAAAAAAGGCUCACAUACUUUUAGUACUUCGUGUGACCAUCUUUGGCUUCAAUAACUGAACGGCAUCGUCGUGGUAUCGACUCAACAAGCUUAACAACAAUUUUGUCCCAUUCAAUUGAGAUUAACUGUCACCAUUGCUGGAUGCUUGUUGGUUUUUGCUCCUGGAGCCUAAUUUCCAGAAUUGAAAUAUCUGCGCCCCAACUUUAGCUUUUAUGUGUAGGCGCUGAUAGUAUUCGCUUUAAAAUGUCGAAAUAAACCUCCUGGUCAUGAUUCCAUCGAUGAAUUCAAGUUCUCCAAAAUCAGGAGGCAGCCAUAGAUCCCCACACCAUGACUCUACCUGCAGAAAAACAUCAAAGUCAUGCUCAGUUGGUUGAAAAAUCAAUGUUGGUAAAGUAACUUGACUGUAGGCCACAAAAACUCUUUUUUUAAACUUUCACCGGUUCGCCAUCAUUUUCUUGUCAUACCAUCAGACCCAAACAGCAUAACUUCCGUCUCGUCUAACCAAAUCACCUUAUUCCAGUCAUCACUGGUCCAUGAAAUGUGGUACUGGGCCCACUUCAAUCUUUUUUUUUUAUAUUUUUAGCGGACAACCAUUGCAUCCUAAGCCCUACUCUGCC